AUGGAGGAAAAUUCCACUUCACCCAAACAACUCUGGUCUUCACCAUUGAAGAUACUUGAAUAUUCAGAAAAGAGAACAACUAUCUACCCUGAAGAGAAUCAAUCACUCCAGGCAGCUGCUCGAAUCAAAUGCCCAGGUUCAUACUGUUGCCCAGGUUCGAAUCAAAACCCUUUUCUCCCAUUAUCACUUUUGCCGAGAGGACCUAAUAAGUUUAAGCAAGCUGAAGAAAUAGCAUUGAAGCUUGAUUUGGAUGGGAUUGUUGUUAUUGGUGGUGAUGACUCAAACACUAAUGCUUGCCUUCUUGCAGAAAAUUUCAGGGUAAAAAUGUGA